CGACCAACAACCAAUCCCGAAGUGCCUCUGCAUACCCAUCGUCCGGGGUCGAGAGCCUCCUCCAAGACUUCCCGUGCAAUCUUGUUCCUCGCUAACGGGAAAACGAAAAAGCGUCGGAGGAAAAACCGAUUAAACGUUCGCGCGCUCCGGGCCCCGGGUGUGGGGUUGGAAUUUAUCAUGGACCGCUUUAGGAAUGGCUUGCAUAGCUGGUCAGGGCCUGUGGCUCGUUCGCUAAGAAAAGUUCACGAUGGCUCCAGUCAUCGAAAGGCGAUACUACGGCGUGACGCUACCAAGCGAUUUGACUUGCAGCCUCGCGCCGAAACUGACCAAUCCAAAGGUAGUGGCGGAGGUGUCAUGGAUGACCAAGGCCUUUGUCAGGACUUUGAUAUAGAGAUUAACGAUAUGCGUUGUGAACGAUGUUGGUACUCCGGACCCUUUCUUGAGGUGUACACCCAUGUUUCUGCACGGCGAGUCUCUGCAUUUGGGAAGGAGGCGAUUUUGGCCCGUAUUCCAUGGAAAUUCUCACGCAAAUUUUCUUCUGUCGAGGGACUGAAAUCAAUAUGCACCCUAACUGUAAGUGGGAACAUAUAAGAGACGAACGAAGUAUAAGUAGAAGCCGCAGGUCCAACAAUAUGAGCACCACGGCUUCACUGAACUUCUGCCUUCUUCUUCAUCGAUCGGCUUCAAGAUUAUUCUUCAUACAAGACUCUACAAACGCCUUCAAUCAAGAUGAAGUUCCUUUCCAGCAUUGCCUUCUUGGCUUCUUCCCUCGUCGCCGCUGUCCGUAGUGAUGCCGUUCCAUGGGAGCGCAUUGACAAGAACAACUCCAUGCUCCUCAUCCUUGACCUCCAAGUUGGUCUCUACCAGCUCGGCCGUGACUGGGACGCAACCCUUUACCGCGACAACAUGCUCGCACACGCCGAGUUGGGCAAACUGUUCGACAUUCCCGUCGUCAUGACUACGUCUGCGCAACAGGGACCCAACGGCCCUCUACCCAAGGAGAUGUUGGAAAUGUACCCAGACGCCCCCCUCAUCCAGCGUCAGGGAGAAGUCAAUGCCUGGGACAACGCUGAGUUCCGUGAAGCCGUUAAAGCUACGGGCAAGAAGCAAAUCAUUGUCGCUGGAAUCGUCACCGACGUCUGCACUGCUUUCCUCGCUCUCUCUCUUCGUGCAGAGGGAUACUCUGUCUUCGCAAACAUCGAAGCAAGCGGAACUACCACCGCUCUCAUUCGUGACACCGCAAACUCCCGCAUGCAGCAAGCCGGCGUCCAACUCGUUUCCCUCUUCAGCAUCGUCUGCGACCUUAUGCGCGAUUGGCGCAACACCCCCGGCGCUAAGGAAGUCCUGCCUUACCUUGACCGCUACAUGCCCGUCUAUGGAUACCUCGCUAGGGGCCAUGCUGCCGCUAUCGAAAACGGCACUGUCAUUCCUGGUGAGGCGGAGCUGAUCUAG